GCCAACCACGUGACCCGCAAAGAGGGCCUGGAGUUUGCGCAACGAAAGAAUGUCCAGUUCUUCGAGAGUUCCGCAAAACUAGACAUAAAUAUAUCGGAACUCUUCUCCAAGACUUUUGACGGAAUGAUUAAACGCUAUGUUUUGACACCUAUUUUGAAGUCUACCCUCAAGUAUAAGGCCGUAGUGUUAGGCGAUCCCAGUGUCGGCAAAUCGGCUAUAAUCGAGCGCUUAUGCGGACAUCCAUUUCCCGGUGACAUCUCUAUUGGCACUCAAUUUAAUUCAGUUAUAAGUAAAAUAAAUCAUUGCUCUGUAAUAAUGGAGUUUUGGGACACUAAUGGACAGACUGGAGACCAAUCAUUAGCGCAAAUGAUGCCAAUGUACUACCGGAGCGCACACACCGUACUACUCGUAUACGACAUACACUGUCAGCAAUCGUUCAACAAUUUGCAUAAAUAUCUC